AGUUUUUCCAACUCUCGCGAAUGUUCGUGACUUCAAAAAACCGGCAUUAUUGCUUCAUCAUAAACAAAACAACGCCAAAAAAUGACAGGAACUGUGCGAAUGGUGACGGAGGAUUCACAGUUCCAACCAGAACUGACCAACGCUGGAACUAAACUCGUCGUAGUGGACUUUUAUGCCACGUGGUGUGGGCCCUGCAGAAGGAUAGCACCACUGUACGGAGAGCUGAGUCUGAAAUACACUAAUGUUGUGUUCCUAAAGCUGGAUGUCGACCAAUGUCAGGAAACAGCACAGAGCCAAGGUGUCACAGCCAUGCCUACUUUCAUAUUCUACAAGAACAAAGUGAAAGUAGAUGAAAUGAAGGGAGCGGAUCCAGCGGCUUUGGAGGAGAAGAUCAAAAAGUGGAUGGGGGAGGGAGAGGAGGGGGCGGAUGAAGUCACUGUCAAGGGACAUAUGGAUCUGUCCUCGUUAAUUAACAAGUCUGGAUGUGAGUGUCUUAACGAGUCAGAUGAGCACCCUCUAAGUCACGCCCUCACAACCAAGGGAGGCUACCUCGAAUCCGACUGUGAUGAACAGUUACUCAUCAGUUUGGAGUUUACACAGAGUGUAAAGUUACAUUCCCUGAAACUUUACGCCCCAGAAGAAAAUGGUCCUAAGACAGUUAAGAUAUUCCAGAACCUUCCCCGAUCUCUAGACUUUGAUCAGGCGGAGAACAUGGAGGCAGUUCAGACGUUAGAGCUGACCCCAGCAGAUCUGAAGGAAGGAACACUGAUUCCUCUACGUUUUGUCAAAUUUCAAAAUGUCGGAAAUGUCACGGUAUUUAUUAAAGACAACCAGUCUGGUUCAGAAACCACUCAGAUAGACUACUUUGGUUUUGUCGGUUCACCGGUAGACACUACAAAUAUGGCCGAAUUUAAAAGGGUUGCUGGCAAAAAAGGAGAGAGCCACUGACAGUCAAUGUAUCUUAGAUUUCUAUUGGUGUAUGGGGAGGGGGCUUAUACUGCAGGUGUAGAGUCGCAUCAAUCUUAUCAUCAACUAAUACAUUAUUUCUGAAGAUACAAUGUUUGGUUAUAGACAGUUCAUAUAAAUAUUUUAAUUUAUCGAAUAAAGAGAAUGAAGUAUUUAUGUUAUACAACCAAAAAGAGAUGCAUGUUGAAACUUUCAAAUAACUUUGAAAUUGAUUGUUUUUUUUUAAGUUUUACUGCCUGUCCAUGUCAAUUAUGACUUUUUGUUCUAUGGACAUUUUCAAAGACAAAAGUGAUGUACAGAAAUAUAUUGCUUCUUGUAACACGUAGAAGAUAUGAUUAUGUGAUAAAAUGAAGGAAUAUUUUAAAUUCAUAUAAAUUCUGUCAGAGUUCAGUUUCUGAAUUAUGAAAAAGAUAGAAACAAUGCUUCAUUCAUGAACAAUUAUUGAAAUACAUUGAUUUGUGUAACCAUGAUUUUGUCGUUUAAGUUUACAUUUAUAUCCACAAUUAUUUUGAAUUAAUGUAUUCACUCUGAACUUUGAAGUUUGUUCACAGCUAGUGGAGGAGUAUGUAUGAUAUUUUAAACAAUGCCUAUGGAUGUCAAAAUCUUGAAAAUUGUUCUAACAUUAAAUUAUUUUAAAUAUCAAAAAA